AUGCCCUCUGCCAUGGUGACAGUGUAACUAAAGUAAAGCAUGAAAAGUGAUGCUAAGCCUCAGUGAAUAGAGACUUUGAAAAUUAACACAGAGCUUUUUCAGCCCAUCUCAAAAGACAAUGGGACCCCCCAGGCAAACCCUGCAAGUCCUCCAACUCUCGGCUGUCAACAAAAAUUUGGGAAGAUGUCAGGCAGGAAAGGUCAUUCCUAAACGGAAACAGUGGAGUGCAGAAGAAACCAGAGGUCCAAAGAGGGGGAAGGUAGAAGUCAAAUCGACCCAAACAGAAGAAUCUCAGUGUUUGACAGAUGGCAUGUCCAAUGAAGCAUAUGAACUCAUGGUCAAAGAAACACCACCCUCCUCUUACUGGAAAGAGGUAGCAGAGGAGCGAAGGAAGGCCUUGUACAAUGUUCUACAGGAGAACGAGAAGUUACACAAAGACAUCGAGGCCAAAGAGGAACAGAUAACACAGCUUAAGGGUGACAAUGAAGAGCUGCAAGAGCUGGCACAACAUGUACAGUACAUGUCUGACAUGAUUGAGAGGCUGACUGGGAAGAGCCCAGACAAUCUGGAGGAAUUGAGGGAGAUGGCCCUUGAUGUGGAAGAGGAGGAUGAAGAUGAGCUGGUAGAUGACAGUGAAGUGGCUGGUCAUGAGGAGGAGGAGGAGGAAGAAGACUCUGAUUGCUAUCAGAGUGAUGCAGAGGAAGAAGACUCUGAUUGCUAUCAGAGUGAUGCAGAGGAAGAACAGACCUCAGACCAUGAACAAGUGGGACCCUCAGAGCAGGAUUAACUGACACAACUCUGGCAUCUCCAUGGGACAUUGACCUUCUUAACCAGGUCAGCAGAUCUUAGCCAGUGUGCUUCUGCAGCAUCAAGUAGCCAUCCAUUUGAGCCUUUUUUCUUCUUGAAUUCUUGAACACCUGUGAUUUUAUACUUUUAAAGCCUUGAACAGAAGGGGCUGUCAUCUUUUUACAUUAUAUUUAACGUUUGCUAUAAACGCCCGUGCUUUCUCUACUGUGACAGUCAAUUUGUUGUGGAAAAAGGUCUAUUGAGGCAAUUUUUUUUUUUUUUUUGCACCAACAGAUGGUGUUAAGUUCACUGCCACAUGUGGCCCAGAGUACAGGCCUCAAGUGUUUGUUUACAGUGUAAAAUUGUGUAAUGUUAUGGCAGAGUUGUGUACAUAUGGUUAAUGUAA